AUGUUUCUCACUGUGUCCAUUACGUUUGGGGUUAUCUUUGUACUAGAAGCAAUCAUUAUCAUUACUGGAAACACGUUCACUGUAUUUGUCUUCUGGACACAGCGAACCCAUCUCAAGCGAACAUGCGUUCUUCUGAUUAACCUUGCAGUCGCAGAUAUGCUUGUCGGGAUCGCAGAGGGCAUUCUUCUUGGGAGGGAAAAAUUUCCAGGAAUGACAGGGCUUGCAAGUGAUGAGGGAAAAGUUCAGUGGAAAAAAAAUCCUGGGCCAGCGUUUCAACUCUUCGCCUCAAGUGUAUCCAUAUAUUUCCUCGCGCUAGUCUCUUUAGAACGCGCUUUCGCCGUGCUGUGCCCGUUCCGUCAUCGCACCACAAAAACUCGAUUUUACAUUUACAGUGUAAUUGUCAUCUGGGUUAUUGGACUUUUUACGCUCGGCCUUUAUUUGGUAGCCUUAUAUUACCCGCCAAAAGUAAAGAGAGAACAUGUUAGUGUCACCGUUCACUCUUGUCUUUUGAUUUCAUUGUGUGUGAUCUGUGGCAGUUACCUGAAAAUACGCAAUCGACUGCGAUCACCUGCACCCGAACUCGACGUUCUAAGUCGUCAAUCUGCUGAGCGCAAUCUACGACUUUCAAGAACAAUUUUUGUUACAAUUGCUGUAUCCCUUGUGUUCUGGAUACCAGCUAUUGUUGUGUACAUAGCGAGGGACUUAUGCCAUCGAUGUUUUUCGCCAACCAUGAUUAUAACUGUGAAUGCUUUGCAUCUGGCGAAUUCGAUGGUGAAUCCAUUCGUCUACAGUUCCAGGAUGCAGAUAUUUAAAGACGCGCUGAAGAAGCUAUCGCGAAAAAGACGUCAAAAGGUGGAUGUGAGUUCCUGUCCCAAAACAAGGAAG